AUGGCUUCAUCGUCAAAAUCUCUUUGUGUGAAUGAUAUUAUAAAUUUGCUGGAAGCAGAUGAGCUGAGUGAAGAUACUAUUUUCUUAGAACCUCCGGAUGAAAAUAUUACUGACGAAGACUCCGAUAACGAUGAACAUACAGGUGAUAUAAACCAUUUACCUGCUAGUGUAUUGAAAGCUAAUGUUAUUUUACCGAAAGAAAUUCUCAACACCGACAAUUAUUACGAAUCAAAAAAAAAAAAAGUUGUGACUACAAAAAAAAAUCGGGUUGUAGUGGGCAUGAAAAAAAGUCAAAAAGAUUCAUCUCAAAUUUGGCGUGAAGGAGAUUUAGAGACUCCUAAAAUAACAGAGCUUUGGGGUCCAGAUGAAAACAGUAAAAUAAAAUAUGGCUCACUUGCGCCAUUUGAACUUUUUGAAUUAUUUUUCGAUGAUCAAGUUUUUGAUUCUAUUGCCCCUGAUACAAAUAAUGGUUUAGUGUCCAAUGCUAUGAGGCGAAAUAGAUUUGACGAUAUAUUUCAUAAUCUUCACUUUUCAAACAACAACAACUUGGAUAAUUCUGAUAAAUAUGCAAAAAUAAGACCGUUGAUUACUAUGAUAAAUACUAGAUUCCUAAUGCACGCUCCUCACGAAGAAUUUCAUAGCAUAGAUGAAUCCAUGGUGCCAUAUUAUGGUAAACAUUGA